GUCCCUCAUCAUUUCAUGUCUAACUGCCUCUUAUUAGUUCAUCAUCCUCCCAUCUCACACCUCUUUCUGUCUCUAAAGUCUGAUAUUAUAUGAACUUGGAUGAAUUUUCUUCAAAGAAAACUAGAAAAACUCCUCCUGAAUGACUUGUUUUUUUUCCUCCUUUUCCUUCUCUUUUGGUCCCUCAACACCCAUUUUCUUUGCAUCACACUCUUGCGGGAUUCUUAAAUGUUACUCUAGACUGAGAAGAGCGGGCCGACAAGCUGAUGAGCAUGACAGGCUAAAUUAAGCAAAAAGGCACAGAGUGACAGAAAGCUGAAAAAGAAGAGGAGUACAUAUACGCUCACUGCUGCUCAUCUCCUUCAUCUCCACGGCAACAGCGCUUACACGCUUGCAGACUUCUGGAGGGAGACCUUAGCGAGCUGUUUCACCAUCUUUGGAAGGAGGGGAUAAGGCAGUUGGAUGGAAAGAGACGAAUGAAAGGACUUCCAUUCACCCCUCUCCACUUGUCAAGUUUCAGUUUCUUUCCACUUUGUGCUGACAUUUUGAGUUAAUAGUUGCUUUUCGAUACUCCUAAAAUCUGAGUCAAAAGCAUAUUUCAACCAGUUUGGAUCAGUUUUUUUGCAAACUAGGUUUUAUUUUUUGGCUGCACUUCAUCCUCCUCUCACUCAAAGAGGUCCAGUGCGCCCCCACACCCACCUCCACCACCUCUCUGCUUUGAUUCAACCCAAGCCUGCUCUUCCAUCACCCCUCUAGAACCCACCUCAGUCUCCUCUGCGCGCCUUCAUCUGUCUACAUCCCUUCAUCCGAGGCUAUGAGAGGAGGAGUCGAAUCCCAGACCGCUCCAUCAUGCCAGUUCUGAAGAGCAGAGAUGAGAUCUGGGCUGGCAAUGUUCAAGGGUUGGCAUUUACAUUCCUCCACAAUGCUUGUCAGCCUCCACCCCUCUCCCUCCCAUCUUCAGGACAAGCACUUCGUGUCCCCCUCCUCCUCCUCUCACCCUUUUCCUUCUCUAAACCAUACAUCCCAUCAUCCCCAGCCUCGGCUGACCCUGCCCUUUCUCUCCUAUUCCAUCUCUCUGCUCCUCCUCUCUGUACUACUCUUGCCCACCUGCGAGUCCAGAAGGGUAGGAGGUCCCGGAACAGGGCCUGGAGGUGUCCCAGGGGGACAGGGAGGCCAGAGAGGAGGCAGCAACCAGAGGGGUGUCGUCAUCCCUCCUCAGUACUCUCCUGGUUCACCGGUACUACCCCCUAUCAGUCCUAAAUUGAUCAGCUCACUCAGCAUUGCUGUGAUCCUGGUGGGCAACUCUAGCGAAGUAACCUUGGGGGCUGGACUUGAGAAAGAAGACUUCCUCCACAUCCCUUAUCCCCCCAAAGUUGAGGUAGUCACUAUGAAUGAGACUGACCCAAAGAGCAUUAUUAAUCGGAUCUGCACACAGAUGACCAGGAACUCCUUGCAAGGCGUAGUGUUUGGUGACGACACAGAUCAGGAGGCCAUCGCUCAGAUCCUGGACUUCAUCUCAGCUCAGACACAUAUUCCUAUUCUGGGCAUUAGAGGAGGGUCCUCAAUGGUCAUGGCUGCCAAGGACGACCACUCUAUGUUCUUCCAGUUCGGUCCAUCCAUCGAGCAGCAGGCCUCUGUCAUGUUGAACAUCAUGGAGGAGUAUGACUGGAACAUCUUCUCUAUAGUCACCACAUAUUACCCCGGUUACCAAGACUUUGUCAACAAGAUCCGCAGCACCAUUGAGAACAGCUUCGUGGGCUGGGAGCUGGAGGAGGUCCUUCUACUAGACAUGUCAGUGGACGAUGGCGACACCAAGAUCCAAAACCAGAUGAAGAAACUGCAGAGUCCUGUCUUCCUUCUCUACUGCACAAAAGAGGAGGCUAGCACGAUUUUUGAGGUGGCCCACUCUGUAGGCCUCACAGGUUAUGGCUACACCUGGAUUGUUCCCUCCCUGGUGGCUGGUGAUGCAGAUCAUGUUCCCUCCGUCUUCCCUAUAGGGCUUAUCUCGGUGUCAUAUGAUGAAUGGGACUACAACAUCGAGGCCAGGGUACGUGAUGCAGUGGCUGUCAUUGCCACUGCAACCUCCACCAUGAUGCUGGACCGAGGGCCGCACACCCUGCUGAAGUCAAGCUGCCUCGGGACACCUGACAAAAAGGGCUCCAACACCGGUCACUCCAAGGAAAUCUUGAAGUACGUCAUGAAUGUGACAUUUGAGGGUCGAAACCUGUCAUUCAGUGAAAAAGGCCACCAGAUGUUCCCCAAGCUGGUCAUCAUACUUCUGGACAAGGACAGAAAUUGGGACAGGGUUGGCAAGUGGGAGAGAGGAUCUUUGACGAUGAGGUACCACGUGUGGCCUCGUUUUGAGCUGUACUCGGAAGCGAAGGAGCGUGAGGACCACCUGUCCAUCGUGACUCUGGAGGAGGCGCCGUUUGUCAUUGUGGAGGACGUGGACCCGCUCAGUGGAACAUGCAUGAGGAACACUGUGCCGUGCCGCAAGCAGCUAAAACUCACCAAUCAAACGGGUGAUUCAGGGAUUUACAUCAAGCGCUGCUGCAAAGGUUUCUGUAUCGACAUCCUGAAGAAGAUUGCCAAGGCGGUCAAGUUCACUUACGACCUGUAUUUGGUGACCAAUGGCAAGCAUGGCAAGAAGGUUAAUGGAACAUGGAACGGCAUGGUGGGAGAGGUGGUGUUGAAGAAUGCCCACAUGGCAGUGGGUUCACUCACCAUCAAUGAGGAGAGGUCGGAGGUCAUUGACUUCUCAGUGCCGUUCAUUGAGACAGGUAUCAGCGUCAUGGUCUCCCGUAGCAACGGAACCGUCUCCCCCUCUGCCUUUCUAGAGCCCUUCAGUGCUGACGUCUGGGUCAUGAUGUUUGUGAUGCUGCUGAUCGUGUCAGCUGUGGCUGUGUUUGUGUUUGAGUACUUCAGUCCGGUGGGUUACAAUCGCUGUCUGGCAGAUGGACGAGAACCCGGCGGUCCCUCCUUCACCAUCGGUAAAGCCAUCUGGCUCCUGUGGGGUCUGGUUUUCAACAAUUCUGUUCCUGUACAGAAUCCCAAAGGCACCACCAGUAAGAUCAUGGUGUCAGUGUGGGCCUUCUUUGCUGUCAUCUUCCUGGCCUCCUACACUGCCAACCUGGCUGCUUUCAUGAUCCAGGAGGAGUAUGUCGACCAAGUAUCGGGCUUGUCAGACAAAAAGUUCCAGAAACCCAACGAAUUCUCACCGCCAUUCCGGUUUGGUACAGUGCCCAACGGGAGUACAGAGCGCAACAUCCGUAACAACUACAGGGACAUGCAUGCCUACAUGACCAGCUUCCACCAGAAGAAUGUAGAUGAGGCCUUGUACAGUCUGAAGACUGGCAAACUGGAUGCCUUCAUAUAUGACGCUGCUGUGUUAAACUACAUGGCCGGCAGAGACGAGGGUUGUAAGCUGGUAACCAUCGGCAGUGGUAAAGUGUUCGCCUCCACCGGCUACGGCAUCGCCAUCCAGAAAGACUCCGGCUGGAAACGAGCUGUGGAUCUGGCCAUUCUCAUGCUGUUUGGAGAUGGUGAGAUGGAGGAGUUUGAGGCUUUAUGGCUGACAGGCAUCUGCCACAAUGAGAAGAACGAGGUGAUGAGCAGCCAGCUGGACGUGGACAACAUGGCGGGGGUCUUCUACAUGCUCGGGGCCGCCAUGGUUCUGUCACUCAUCACCUUCAUCAGUGAACAUUUGUUCUACUGGCAGCUGCGAUUCUGCUUCAUGGGCGUGUGCUCGGGAAAGCCUGGGGUCACCUUCUCCAUCAGCAGAGGUAUCUACAGCUGCAUCCAUGGGGUACAAAUCGAGGAAAACAAGUCAACCAUUGACUCACCUUCUUCCACCAUAAAGAAGAAUAUGAACAACACCCAUUCCAACAUCCUGCGGUUGCUCCGCACGGCCAAAGACAUGACUGCAGUCCCAGGCAUUAAUGGCUCGCCGCAUGCCCCUCUGGAGUACAGCCAUAGCAGCCGUGAGUCAGCUAUCUAUGAUAUCCAGGAACACCGGCGUAGCCUGGUGGGUCAUCCUGUAGACUGUAAGACUGCGCCGCCCUACUUGCCAGAGGACAGCAUGUUCAGUGACUACAUCAGUGAAGUGGAAAGGACUUUUGGCAACUUGCCCCUGAAGGACAGCAACCUGUACCAGGACCAUUACCGACACCACCACCCGGCCUCAGCCCUGGGUAUGUCCGGCCCCCCACCUAAUAGGCCACGUAGCUUAGGCAGCACUAGCUCAUUGGAAGGGGGCAUGUUUGAUUGUGACAGUCUGGGGGGAGGAGUAGCGCCUAUCUUCACCACUCAACCCCGCCCCUCUAUGACCCACAGGAACACAAGUAAAUUUGAUCUGAUCGCCGGUCACACCUCUGUGGAUUCCAAUCAGGGUGGUUUCAAGGGAAGCAAUGUGUAUGGCAGGUUUUCUUUUAAAGGAGGCGCAUCCAGCACGGGGCUCAUUGGUGGGCACGACAGGUACUGUGGAGGGGGUGGGGGAGGCUCAGGGGGUGAUGAUGGGAACAUUCGCUCUGACGUAUCAGACAUCUCCACUCACACCGUUACCUAUGGCAACCUGGAAGGUAACACCAAGCGGCGUAAGCUGUACAGAGACAGCCUGAAAAAGAGGCCGGCCUCUGCCAAGUGCAGACGGGAACAGGACGAGAUAGAGCUGAACGCUUUCAGGAGGAGACCCCACCACACCGUCCAUCACCACUUUCCCCACGGGCCUCUGGCACACCAUCCAGUCUCACCUCCCCUGGAGCGGAAGAGGGGAGGAGGAGUGGGUAAUUCUUCACCUUACUUAUUCCGCAAAGACAAAGACAACUUGAGGGAUUACUAUGCGGACCAGUUCCGCUCCAAGGAGGGCAAGGCCAAGUGGGAGCAAGAGGGUGGAAGUGGAGGAAGCGGUGUGGGCGGUGGUAGCAGUGGUGGUAUCUGUAAAAGCUUAGUACCAGUGGAAGAUUUCCUCAAAGGUAAAGGAAAGAAACAAGAGUGUAAAGGUGGGCUUGGUGCAAUGUCGGCAGGGCAGCAAGCCCACACCUGCUGGGAAAAGGGGGUUUCAGGAAUAGGAGGGGGUGGUAUAGCAGGAGGGGACUGGGAGUGUCGUAACUGCCACAGUGUGUGUCAUCACAGUGGAGGAGGAUCCGGCACAUGCCCAGCUAGUGGAGUUGGGGGGACCAGUAGUCGCCCCAGCUCUGCUACAUGCAAGCGCUGUGAUUCCUGUAAGAUGCAGCCAAGCAACCUUUAUAACAUCAGUGAGGAUAAUAACCUGAUAUUUGCUGGAGGGAAGAGCAGUGUAGGACCUAGCCAAACACAAACUCAGACUCAGCGCAGGAAGCUAGGGCCAGGUGGAAAGGUGUUAAGGAGGCAGCACUCCUAUGAUACAUUUGUGGACCUGCAGAGGGAAGGAGCAGGACGCAUGGGAGGUGUUGGCGGGGGCAUUGGAGGUCAGUUUCCUCAGCCCCGAAGCGUGAGCUUAAAAGACAAAGACCGCUUCAUGGAGGGUCCCAGCCCCUAUGCUCACAUGUUUGAGAGAUAUGCAGGUGAAAGAGAGUCUCCCAUGUUUGGAGGAAUAGGCGGGGACAGGGCAACAGGAGGCUCCUCCUUCAGUUUGUUCCGUGGAGGCGAAGGUGGGUUGCAUCGGCGUUCGGUGGGGGAAAGAGACCUGAGGGACAGAGAUAGAGCUAUGAUGGGAGGUGGGGGCUGUGGUGGUGGUGGUGGUGGUGGUAGCAGAGGAGUCGGGACUUACUCCUUGUCUAAAUCUCUCUACCCAGAUAAGGUGAACCAGAACCCCUUCAUCCCAACCUUCGGCGAUGACCAGUGUCUAUUACACGGUGCCAAACCGUACUACAUCAAAAAGCCACAGACGCAGCAGCAGCAGCAACUUCUCAACAACAGCCGAGGAGGAGGGGACUUCCGCGGCUCCAUGGGGGCAACUUCCUAUUUGCCUGCGUCUGCCACAGCUGGGGUGAUGUCCAAUGUGGCCUCAAGGUACCCCAAAGAUCUAUGUCUGGGCGGGGCAGGAGGAAUGGGGAACCAUCAUGCGGCCAACAAACUGCUACCUGGAGGCAGGGACACAUUAGGUUUGGGGCAGGGACAGAGACCAUUCAAUGGUGCCAGCAAUGGACACGUAUAUGAAAAACUCUCCAGCAUUGAGUCAGACGUCUGAGAGUGAAGACAAAUCAAGAACGCCAGAGAGAGAAGAUGAAGUGGGUGAAGAAAAAAGGAGAGGAGAGGAAAAGGGGAAACGGCACAAACCAAUGACUUCUCUGUGUAAAGAGCAUGAGGAUAUCCAAAAGUGUGUGUGUUGUUCUCACUCCAUGAAAGAGAAUUUGGACAAAGCACAGUGCCCACUGCUGCAUAAUGUGUGGCGACGUUUUUGAGGGAGACAAGUUUUUAAUGAGAAGAGAGGAUUCUGGUGCUGCUCCAAUGCUCAGAGAGAUCUGAAGGGAGGGAUGUAGGCAGGUAGGGAGUAGGGAAAUGUCUCUGCUCUCGUCACUCGCUCAUCGUAUUUCCCUCCCCUCUGCAGUUCCUCAACACCAAAACGAACAUUUUGUUUAACAACGGAAAUACAAUCAUGAAUGAGAAAUCUACACUUCUGCUGAAGUAACAGGGUAAACUAACAAUAAUUGUAUUGACAAUGUUAAUAAUAUUAUUGAAUAUUAUUCCAGUGUUUGAUGAUCAGUUUGGAUUGUUUUUAAAUUUCAUUCAUUUCAAUAGUUCAUGUUACAUAUUUGUAUAAUGUUAAUUCUUUCUUAACUCACGAACAUUAUAGGAGACUGGGACCAAUCGACAGAAGAGAUCUUUUUGGGUUCCAGUGUUUUGGACUCUUCUUUGCAAUUAAUUCUUUGUUUUUUCCUUCUUUUUUUUACUUUUCUUACUUAGGAUUGCUGUUAAGUGUACGUAAGAGGCAUGACUUGCUGAGUACAUUGUAUGUACUUAUAAAUUUGUGAUGGUCAUUUUUUUUCUUUCCAGCUGCAGAAGCAAAAUCAUCAUACUGAUUUGCCAUUUUCUUUAUUUUCUGCUUGGCAGUACCAAAAGGGUCUCACAUUUUGAGCUGGAUGUGCCUUAAAGGGACUAACACUGAUUUUUCUAUCUUCUGUUAGUAGACAGAUCCACUUUUAAAUAAACAGUCCAUUUAUUUGAGACCUAAUAUUCAAGUGAACAAGUCCGAUAUGAGGGUAUAAUUGUAUGAAUACUAUGAUUCAAAGCUAAACAAAGAGAUUGCUGCAGUGGUGGAAAUUAAAAUUUCCUACACGAGUAAAGGACACCAUGGACAGGUGCACAAGCACUUCUUCUUUUGAAAAGCUCAUUAUUGUGACAUUAACCCUGCAGUUGAUCUAACUAAAGGUUUAUUCCAAUAAAUCAUUUGCCAGUCAUUUUUAUCACUUCUAAACUCCAACCAAUUGACCCAGAAAGAAUCAGUACAAUGUUAUUAGGGUUAAAUGUUCUUGUCUUGCUCUCAUCGUAUUUCAUUGGAUCUAAUUCAACUGGCCAUGACCAUUUUGCCGUUUAGUACAGGAAUGUAAUGGACUGUUAAAAAGAGACCCAUGUUGCAUAAUUUUGUCAUGAUUGCUGUUUCAAACCUAUCCCAAGUAAUAGGAGGAGUACAGAAAGCGUGUUAAUUUUAUGAUUUUUUAACACCAUCCUAAAAUUAUUAUAACAAAUAUUUUUGGAUGUAAAUAUGAGAAAAACAAUGUGGUGUACAGAACCAAUGUGAAAUCUUGCAGGCAGCUGGAAGGAAAUACUAACAACGCUCUUUAUACAAAGUUAUUGGUUAGCUGAGCUGAACAUAAAAACUGGAAACAGUGCAGAAGAAGAUCACCUGGGUGUGUCUGAAGACUGCAAAAUACCCCAUGUAAAACCGCAAAAUACCGCACUUCUCUCACCAACAAAGAUCUUAUACUGUAUCUCUAUAAUCUGCAAAUUUACGUGAAAACCUUAUGUAAAAUUGCAAUUAAAUUAAUUCUUAAGAAAUAAAUAAGCAGAAAAUCCACAACAUAAGUUACAGAUAUUUGUAUGUACACAUAGAAUUCUCUGAUCAUGACUGAUGAAAACGAGAACAUGUUUACUGACCACAGGUUUGGAUUUACAGAUUGAAUUUUGUUUCUCUGCUGAUGGAGCUGUACUCUGCUUCGCUCAUGCUUUAUGAUCACUGUCAGCAGAUAUUCAAACUGAAUAAAAAACCCUACCACAUACUCAUUCAAUGCAACAACUGCUGAUCCCACCUACAGCGAGGUGGUACUUCCUGUAAUGGAAAACGAAACAGGGGAAAGGCCACACCGAACUGCAGCAUACCAUGUAAUGGAAAAGCACCAAUGGACCCUACAGAUAAAGUACUAUGAAUCACAAUCAUAAGCAACUGCUGCAGUAUGGACACACAAAAAGAAAAGGAAUACCUCUUCCAACAUUUGUAAGAAUUUUCCCAUAAGUUGCUGUCUGAAAACACCUUUUAUGUAACUACUGGAUUUUUUUUUUGUUUUGUUUUGUUUUUGUAUUUCACAGUAUCUACUGAAGGUCAAAGAGAAACUUAGGAGCUUGGUGAGACAAUCAGAGUUUUGGUGGGCACA